GAACAUUAAUAUACCAGUCUAGAAAUACCAUGAAGUCACUAAUGACAUCACCUAUAUUCUCCAGGCUUUGUAUAUAUAUCUUAUUGUCUAGCAGCAUUCUAAUAAACAUAAUUGCAGAAAUGGAUUCAAAAACUGAAACAAAACUCAGGUGUGCAGUUGUUACCGGUGGAAAUAAGGGAAUUGGAUUUGAGAUUUGUAAACAAUUAGCUUCUAAUGGGAUUUCAGUUGCGUUAACAGCUAGAGAUGUAACUAGGGGAUUAGAAGCCGUUGAAAAACUCAAAAUUUCUUUUGGAAUUACUAAUGUUGUUUUUCAUCAACUUGAUGUGUUAAAUCCAACCACUAUUUCUUCUCUAGCGGAAUUCAUUCAAAGCAACUUUGGAAAAUUAGAUAUCUUGGUGAAUAAUGCUGGGGUUUCUGGAAUUACAAGUGAUGCUGAUGGUUUUAUGACAAUGAUGCAAGCUCUUGUUAAGGAGGACCAAAACAUAGAAAAACCAAAUUUGAAACAAGUGAUAAUAGAGACGUAUGAAUCAGCGGUGGAAUGCAUACAAACAAAUUAUUAUGGUGUCAAAUCAGUGACUAAAGCACUUAUUCCUUUGCUUCAACUCUCUGAUUCACCAAGAAUUGUUAAUGUUACCUCCACGGGUGGAAGUCUCAAGUAUAUCUCCAAUGAAAAGGCUUUGGAACUUCUUAGUGACGGCAGUGGCUUAACAGAAGAAAACGUGGAUGAGAGUGUGGACAUGUUUUAUAAGGAUUUCAAGGAAGACUCCUUGGAAACAAGAGGAUGGCCUACAUAUAUACCUGCGUAUACGAUAUCUAAAGUAUGUUUGAAUGCUUAUACAAGAAUAUUAGCAAGAGAAUUGCCUACUUUUCGCGUAAAUUGUGUAUGUCCUGGUUGGGUCAAGACAGAGUUGAACUACAAUACUGGAGUUUACACUACUGCAGAAGGUGCAAAAAGAAUUGUGAAUUUGGCUCUUAUACCCAAUGACGGACCUUCCGGGCUCUACUUUACCCAUGGAGAAAUAACACCAUUUUGAUGCAUAAUGCAUAUUAGCAUAAAGAAAGAUGUCAUUUCUAUUGUGGGAGCUCUACAAAUUUGGUAAUUAGCGUUCUGAUUAUCUGCAUAGUGUUUGUGAAAUGUAAAUUUAUGAGAGUCUGUUAAGUUAGUUUUUUGUUAUAUGUGUGUGAGUUGUGGUUGUUUGUGUUUGCUGGUAUUCUUCGCACUCGUGCACUGAUGUUUAAAUAUGAAGAUUUACGCACUGGUCUCUUUUAAUGAGAUUUUAGUUUCGAUUUCA